AUGGAGUUCCCAAGACUGUGUCCAGCUCGCUGGUCAGACGAUCACUUCGGCAUGUGUAUGCCAUCACGAGAAUUUAUGUGCCCGUUCUACGACACCCAUUCCAGCUACUUUCGUCCUUGGAGGCUAAUGGGUAAACAAAGCAUUACUAAAGAAUUCGGAUCAACAAUAGAAAAUGAGAAAGGCAACUACAAGAUAACUAUGGACGUCCAACAUUAUAAACCAGAGGAAAUAAGUGUGAAAGUGACGGACAAUGAAAUUAUAGUUGAAGGGAAACAUGAAGACAGGCCAGACGCACAUGGAUAUAUUUCGAGACAAUUCAAGCGCCGCUACGCAUUGCCAAGUCACUGCCCUGGAGAGAACGUUACUUCAUCCAUGUCCUCUGAUGGCAUUCUCAUUAUAAUCGCUGAAAAGAAAUCCUCUAGUGAAAAACAAGAAAAAAUUGUACCGAUCAAAAUGUGUGGCUUUAUUCCGAAAAAGACCCAGAUCGAAACCAAAAUGACAUCCGAUAUUACACAAAAUUCAGUCAAAGAAAAUAUUAAAGAUACAGAUGAUAAUAUGAUUCGUAACAAAAAUAGUCAAAUGACGCUUAAAGAAGAACAUAGUCGAUUGCUAAAACCAGAACUACUGAAAGAAACAAUUUCAGAGACUACUAAUGGAGAUAAGUUUUCGUCGAAACAGGUUGUUGAAGUUAAGGGGCUGUCUGAAAAAAAGGACGAGAAGAAUAUUGGCGCCACCGCAAGCAAAAUUGAAGAAUCCUUUGCAAAAUCAACUUUAGGAAUGUCUGGAUUGACAGAAAAAAUAGGCGAAAGAAGUUUAGCCUCUACAUCCGACCUGUGUGGAAUGAAAACUAUGUCUAACAUGUCUAAAACAAUUAUUGAAGAAAGCUCCUCGUCAUUUAAGUCAUCCUCUUCCAUGUCCUCGACCAUGAAGGCCAGUGGGAAGAUGGGUGAAUUUGUAACAGACAUCAUUAGUGCAGAGUUAAAGGAAGCCGCAGAAAAUGUAUAA